AUGGACGGUAAAGUCCACUUCAUGGACUCUCCAGGAUACGCUGGUGAUAAGACCCUACACCUUAACAUUGCCCUGAUCAUGUGUACAACAGUCGUAGUUGGUCUCAGGCUCUAUGUCAGAGCCUUCAUGUCAAAGGCCUUGGGGCCUGACGAUUUGCUUGCCUUUGUAGCCUUCGGACUGGUAACCGCGUUGUCCGCAAUGGAUAUUAGACUUGUUCAGUUUGGCAGCGGUGCACAUAUCGAAUAUGUCCCAAAGUCUUUACUUGCAACAUGGUUUGAGUCUCUAACAACACAAACACUAAUCUAUUUCGUUGGAACCGGAAUGAUGCGACUGUCAAUUGUGGCUUUUCUUCCUCGACUGAGUCAGGAUAGGACCUACCUGAUACUUGUCUACAUUACCGGCUUCUUUGUGGUGUCACAGACUGUUGGAUGCUUUUUCUAUCGCCUCACCGAGUGCAGCCCAAUAGCCGAUAUCUGGAAACCUCCCUUUUUACCUGGGCUCAAUUGCGUUCUACCAGAAGCCGAGAAUACAAUGAUGGUAGUUCAUCAAGUGAUUGGACUGAUUCUGGAUAUCUCUCUGAUGGGAUUGCCUAUAUGGGUGGUUUACACCAAGAUGAUCUUCUCUCAACGAGCCUUCCAAGUCAUCUUAGUGUUCAGCGUGGGCCUCUUUGUAAUUGUCACAGGUUGUAUCCGCCUCGUGAUGUUGAAAACACUACUCUUCUUGGCCGACCCUACCUUCAACAUGUCGACUAUAGGCGUCUGGACUGAUCUGGAAGGCCACAUUGGUCUUUGGGUUGCCUCGUUUCCCGCAUUACAACCUCUCGUUCGAAUUAUCUCCUAUAAAUUCGGCUUUCGAAGUAAGCUCCAGAGCUACGGUAAAGAAGGACACACGGACACUUGCGGUGGUGCCUCAAGGUCGAGAUCAAGGGCUUGGGCUGGUCCUGCUCGUAGCAGAGGCCACGUGCGCAACGGAAGCGGCUUCGAUGCCACCGACAGUCACAGCGAGAGGGGCAUUAUUUCAAACGCAGAUAAAGAUGUAGAGUUGGAUAAGAUGGACAACAGGACUUCGGGCAUCCACAAACAAGUUGAUGUGGAAGUUCGAGUGGACAAUGCGCCUGGGAUGGGUAAGCCUGUGGCUCACACCUUGGACAAGGGGUUCAAGAGUUGGUUAGCGAUUUGA